AGCGAAACCAUCAGAAACGACUGUCGAGGUUUUUAGAACCAUUACUGAAAAUACUACAGCAACUACCACAAAAAAUACUACAGAAACCACUGCUGCUAUCAAAUCAUGGAAAUUGCUCGGCCUGUUCAGACAAACAGAACAUCUGAUAAUGGCACCAUGUCGCUUUAUCAGCAAACUCUCAGUCUUAUUGAAAAGCUGUACUCAUUACCCGACUUUGAAAGGUUUUUGUUUCCCAAUGGAAUUGAGGCUUUUGCAUCAGAAUCCGGUGCUAUUGUUGUCGAUCCCAUUCAGGUCUUGUUUGGCUGCUUUAGACUAGGCGCUCCUCUAUGCGUUCUAUUCAAUCAUUUAGGUCCUCAUAAGCUGUUGCCCGUUACUGAAGUCGACGUUACUUCAACUACCUAUACCAAUGUAUCGAAAAAAUGUGUAUAUCAUUUCUUGGUUGGAGUCAAGGACGAAUUGGGUGUGCCUGAAGACCAGCUGUUCUCUUUAUCAGACCUGUACAAGGACGACACUAACGCAUUGGUCAAGGCAAUCAAAACCAUCACAAUUGUUGUGGAUGACAUAGAACGGCGUGGCUUGUUGCCGCCACUGCGACCAUUGCCGUUUAAUACCAAUCAAGAAACUGAAAAACCAACAGACAAUCGUGCUCGUGUGGUUAUGGAACUGUUGGAAACAGAGCGUCUCUACAUUACAUCACUUCAAGAACUGCUGACAUACGAAAACGAGCUUCUCUCAAACAACUCUAUUGUAAACAAGGACAUGAUUUACAAAAUAUUUGCCAAUCUACCUGAUUUGGUCGAUUUUCAGCGGCGAUUCUUAAUCUCUAUGGAAACUACACUAUCUCUUCCUCAAAUGGAUCAAAGGAUUGGAGCAUUAUUUAUUAACAAUGCAAGUAUUGUUUUUUUCAGUAAAUGUAGCUUAUAUCUCAUGUUGAAAAUAGUUGCUCAUCAAAACGUUAUUGGAUCUGAACUGAUCAAACUAAGCUCACCCGAGGCAUAUCCAUAUUACAAUGAGCUUGUGGCAGGAAAAGAAGCAAUCAUGAGAGUGACCGAACGGGUCAACGAGACCAAACGUGUUGAAGAAAACAGACACAUCAAACAAGAUAUUUCUGACCGAGUUGAGGAUUGGAAAGGGCUUCGUCUUGAAGAUUUUGGAAAUCUAUUGUUGACUGAUAAGUUUUACCUUGUAUCGCAUGAUUCUGAAAAGGAAUAUGUGCUGUUUCUUUUUGAACGCAUGUUUCUUUGCUUAAAAGAAUCUAAAAAGAAGAAGAAGCGAAAUGGACCCGAGGAGACUGUAUACACCAUCAAGGGCAACAUUCAUCUUUCGUCGAUUGGCAAAGUGGAUGACAAUUCUGUUCCAGCAUCACAACACUUUGAAUUGGUGGUUCAUUGGCGUGAUAUUGGAGAGAUGGAAGCCUUUCCUUUAAAAUGCCGUAACUUGGAACAAGCAACGCUAUGGAAAGGGCGGUUAGACCAACUGCUGUAUCUUGAAAGACAGCGUCGCAUGUCCGUUUCUGACCAACGGGCACACGAGACAGCAGCAAGAAUGGCCAGUAUGUCACUGGCACCAUCGCCAGAUUUGCAUGAUGCAGACGUGUCGGUGGAUGAACCCAAACGCACCCAUUCACUGUACCAUACCAAUGCUUCUGCCAACGAUCUCAAGCUUGUUUCGAGAAAAAGUAGUCCUGUUUCUGUCCGGCCUGGAGAUCGUCGACCUACCGAGCUCUCUCCGCGUACAUCCAGCAUUAAUGGACCCAAUGCAGCCAUGGCUAGUCGUCCUUCUGUCGUACUAUCCAGAGGACAAAGCUCACUCAGUGUAACUUCAGGCAUGUCUUCCAAACCAAUGAAUGGUGUUUCUACCAACGAUUCUAGCGUGGCUGGAUACCCAUUUCAUCCAGAAAACAUGCAACGUAGCAGAAGCUCGACUGACCCAGCUACAGGAACAGGUCCACAAUGGACUGGGUCGAUUCCUACGUUACCCUCUCAAACGCAACCCCAGCUAUCUGAACAUGGAGUACCCAUGUCUACACAUGCUACAGCACAAGAGCGACGGGUUACUCUGGCAUCGCUCUCUCAUGGUGGUGUACCCACGACAGGAUCUAGUGGGAAUGCAUUUGGCGGAUCAUACUUUAUGCCGUCGCUCAAGAAAAAGGAUUUAAAAAAGAUGGACGACAGGAACCAUACAAAAGAGGAAGCCGUCGUACCAUCUGUAGAAGACGUGUUGAUGCGAUCUGGAUUGGCAGGUGAGCCCAUCAGCACUUUUGCAGCGAAUGGUGGUUCUGGUAGCAAUGCUAGCACUACUCAAGCACUUCCUACAGAAUACAUUCCAUCGCCGCCAAUCUCUACACCUGGAUCACCUGGAGCAUAUCAACGAUCUCAAAUGCUGGGAGCGUUUCCCGGACAGAAUGCUGGUGGUGGUAUUCCAGGCGUAUCUCGUUUACAAACAGAUUUGAGAAGUAUGCCUCCAUCGCAGCUACAAGGUCCACACUCGCCUCGUGGAGUCAGCCAUAUGAGCUACGCUCAACAGCUUCCACCUCAACCGCCAAGAAAUGUUGUAUCUCCACAACCUCAAAUCAGUAUGGCUGAAUAUCAGCAGUAUCAACAGCAACACCACCCACCUCAACAAGGGCCUGGUUACUACCCAACAUUUCAAGCACAAGGGUAUCAGCAAAUGCAAGAAGCAACCCAUCGGUCGCAACGAGCAAGUAUGUCACCAGAGCAGAAGACCAUGCCUUUAGAUUCCAAUUUUGAACAACAUGCCAAUGGACAUGGAGGAAUAAGUAUUAGUACUGCAAUCAGUGCAGGCAUGAUGAAUCGUGGACAAGCAUCAGCAUCUCAGACAUCAGCCUCGUCUGGACCCGCACCCACCAUUGGACUUCCACCUGUUCCAUUAAGCUCGAGUGGAAACAGAGCGGUAUCACCGUUACCAUCCAGUGUACGAUCUCAAGAAGAAGCUAUACAUGGAAACUAUUCAUAUCACCAGCAGUAUCAUCGUAAUGACAUGACAUCGCCUACGUUGCACUCUCCACCAGCGAUACCCAACGGAACAUCGUCUAUACGUGAGCGUAUGACAUCGCCUAUUCCAGGACCACGAGCACAUCCAACCACAUCAACGGGGAGUUCCUCCCAAGCAUCGACCUCAUCGAUUGCACCCCUCAUUAAGAUCAAGACCUACUAUGGUGAUGAUGUUAUUUUGAUAGCGGUACCAUCACGAGGAACAACGUAUCGAGACCUAGUAUCCAAGAUCACACGCAAGAUCCGACUGAACAAUGCAGCAUUACCAGAAGGUAGAGAGAUUCGACUGCGAUAUCGAGAUGAAGAGGGAGAUUAUGUCAGUAUGAAUGGAGAUGAUGAUGUGAUGAUGGCAUUUGAGCUUGCACGAAAUGGGAGUGAUCGUGGAUUAGUACAUAUCACGGCGCAAUAGGAUGAAUAUAUUGAAUAGGAGUAAAAACUUGAAUAAAGAGUUUAUUGGAUGAGAUUAUCCGAG